AUGUCUUCUAGUGUGCGCGAAUUCUUCACCAUCAGGCUUUCAUCCUUGCCGCCAAAUCUAGAUCAAAAUGGCUUGGUCUCAUUAUUUUUAGAGGAAGAUGCGGCUUUGAUCCUCCAUAUAUCACUCGCACCUGAUCCGCUGGCCAACUGGACGUCCAAAAUAGCCACAGUGACUUUUAGCAGCUCACCUUCGUUUGCAGACGAGAAGCGAAGAUGCAUAUCAACUUUUGAGUGGGACAAAGAUUUGUACGGUCUCACUCCGCUCAAUCAUGUGGAGGCACAGGACCUUAAGACAGACAUUGUGGCUAUUACGGGCCUCGCUGGUCGUGCCUUUGAUUCCUGGGCAAAUGACCAAGGCUCUAUGUGGCUUCGAGAUUAUCUACCUCAAGAAUUGCCGGGGGUGCGAAUUUUCAUCUACGGAUAUCCCUCGAAACUAUAUAAGAGCCAGUCUCGAGCCAGUCUGUGGGACUAUACGGAGGGCUUUAUGAGGACCAUGGCAAGAUUAACAGAGACCAGUGGGGGACGGACACCUUUAAUUCUAAUCGGACAUAGCUUGGGCUGCAUCGUCAUCAAGCAGGCAAUAGUCGAGUCAAUGUCUUUCACCAAUGCGAUGCCCAGUUUCUAUCGGUCUGUUUGCGGCAUUGUCUUCUUCGGGGCACCACAUCGUGGCUUGAACAAUCCAGCCCUGGUCAAAAUAAUCGGUGACAGGCCUCCUGCGGAUUUGGUCAGAGACCUUUGCCCUGGAUCCUCGUUGCUUGUGUCGCUGAAUCAGUCGUUCCCGCAUAUAUGCCAAGACUUUCAUGUUGUUACGUGCUUCGAGACUCACGCAACCAACACGCCAGAAUUAGUCGAUCCAAAUGACCCCGAGUCCAGAUGGGCCAGGACUGGUCCGCCUGCGUUCGCGGUACCCAGAGAGUCCGCGUGUCUAGAUUGGUCAAACGAACGCCGGAUCCCUGUACAUGCAGAUCAUUCUCGAAUCGCAAAGUUGACCGACUCGCCUGGAAGCGAGUACUGGCUGAUACGCAACGAGAUCAAACUUCUGGUCGAUGGUGCGCAAGACGUUAUGACGACGAGAGUUGAAGCGUCUCUAGCGACUCAGGAUGUCCUAGACUUGUUAUUUGCCCUCCAAUACGAGUUCGCUUGGCUGAAAGCCUGGGGUUCUUUGGUUGCCCAGAACGAGCGACUCGAGGAAAGACAGCUGGGAACAUUUCCAAAAUUCGAGAGUGCCAUUCCACUCGUACCUUACGGUCACCUCGCUUAUCAUCAUCUUUCAGAGAUAUCGCUGCUGGCAGAAAAUCUCGGGGUCAUCCUCGAGCGAUACCGAGUGACAUCCGCUCCAUCGGGAAACAAUAGCCAAGGACCCUCCGCGGGUAUAUCGCAAAAUCCAAAUUCUCUAUCACGCUUACCAGGCCUAAACAUUUUCAGCUCUACGGCACCGUCUGAGGAAAUGAAGCCACCGAAACUCGGGCAAGACGUCUUCUACCGUAUCAGUGGCUGGAGCGUAUCCGAUCGCGCACAGCUGGGUUUUCUGUUGCAACGGCUCCAGCAAGCCAAAGGAGAGGUGGCGAAAAUCAAGCCAUAUUCUCAAUUGCCCGAUCUCAUCGCUUCCUCUAAACUCAUCAAUCAAUUCUCCCUUGAUUCUCCCGAGCUAAGCAGGUUGGAUCACAUGCAGACGACCCAGUCAUACUCAUCAAUGUCAAAAAGAGCGUCUCUGAAACGGCAGUACAACAAUGAGAACGACAUAACUAGAGAUAUUGAAAGAUUGCUUCAUCCGCCAGAAAGUAUCGACUUCAAACGCGGAUCUUCAGACACAGAGCGUCGUUCGUUUGCGCGUUUUCUUGACAAGAAAAUGCAGGGAGAGAAAAAGGAAGCCUGGGUGCUUGUGGAGUCAAGAUCCUAUGACCAAGUCAACACCAUCCAAAAACAACGCGAAGCUCAAGAUCAAGCGUUCAAGCUCGCGUUGGACUUGAGCAUCGAAAAUAAACCUAGCUCCCUAAGGGCGUUGCACUGUGUGGGGAUUGUCCAGCAUUUGGAACUGAAAAGGUUCAGCUUUUUGUUUGAAAUUCCUCGUCAGACCGACGUGAGCAAGAAACCACUGUCGCUGCACUCAUAUCUGUCCGACGCUAGUCCAUGGGGAGGCCCAGCCGUGUUGCCGACUCUAAGCCAGCGCAUCAAACUUGCCCAAAGCCUUGCGGUGUCACUGUGGGAACUGCACAGCGCGGGCUGGCUGCAUAAGAGCUUCCACAGUGGGAACGUCCUCUUCUUCUGCAAGCGCUUCACCGACACCUUCUCAGUUACCGAACCUCAUAUUGGUGGAUUCGAAGUUAGCCGGCCCGACACCGAUGGGCAGUUGUCUCUGGAUAUGCAGGGUGGCGAAUUCGACAUUUACAAGCAUCCGGAGCUGCGAGACGAAUCGAAUGACCUUCAAGGUCGGCCGUCCUUCGAGCGGAGGCAUGACGUCUACUCGCUGGGCCUAGUGCUGCUCGAAAUCGGGCUGUGGCAGCCGCUGCAUUCGUUCUAUCCCAAGUCGUCCACGCCUCUCAAGACUGCCCAACGUCUGCUCCAAAGGGCGCAAAAGAAUCUGCCUCACCAGGUGGGCGAGUUUUGUUUGGAGGCUGUCUUGUCCUGUUUGGAUUGCCAGGAGCCUCAACUGCUCCCAGGGGAUCAAAAAGGUCGGGAAGCCAAGACAGGUGUCGAUACAGUGACAGCCACUGCCGUCGCAAGCGGCGAUGACGAGAGAGGCGGUGUCUCCUUGAGAAUGUUUGUCGAGAAGGUGAUUUACAAUUUGGAAAAGUGUCAUUGUGGCGGGUAA